CCGUCUCCGCUGAUAGUGCCGUCGCAUUCUUCGUCAGAGAUGUGGUACUGGGUGUUCCUCUGGUGUCUCUUCUCCUCGCUCUUCGUGCACGGCGGUGUGGGCCUGCUCAUGUUGGUCAUGCUGCAGCGACACCGCAGGGGGCGAAUCAUCACCGUGGUGAUGGUCAGCGUAGGCUUCCUGGCCUCCCUCUCCGGUGGGGUCGUCACCAGCGCGGCGGUGGCGGGGGUGUACCGCGUGGCGGGAAAGGACAUGGCGCCACUGGAGGCCCUGGUGCUGGGCGUGGGCCAGACCACCUUCUCCGUCAUCAUCUCCUUCUCCCGCAUCCUGGCCACGCUCUGAAGCAGCCCACACACACCCGGCGGACCAAUCACGGAGGAGCCCAGGGACCGGACCCCCGACCCCCUUCUCCCCUACGCCCUCGCUCCGUCGGAGGAGGGGGGCAGCGAGGAGGGUCGACCGGGAUCGACCGGCCGAUGGCAGACUUAAAGGAGGCUCGGGGGUAGCGGAGGACGGGAAGUGGCUUGAGAUACGCCAUAAGGCACGAUCGCCGGAAUGGCGUGUUUGGGGGGUUGGCGGCGGGAUGGAGCCCCCCCACCCUAGUGUCUCCGCUUUGGUGUUACAGCCACAAAAUGAGCCCCUUGUCAACGAUCGGGGGGGGGGGGGAGACUGCUAUCUUUGGCAUCCGUGGCCAGAGUCAAACUAGCAUCUCUGGUCGAUAUGCCAUUCCUAAAGACAUACAGAUACUUUGUGGUCGACGCCACUGACUCUUAAAGGUGUUCUGUUGCACAUGUAGGAAAACCACUAUAAACAGAGGAGACGAAGAGCAUGAGGAAGAUGAAGGUGAUUGUGGGGGUCCUGGGGGGGGUCCUUUGGGGGAUCCCCCCCCCCCAGUGGAUCAAAAUGCACUUUAGGUGCCACUGCGACCACGAAUAAUCCCAGCGAUGAAAGGUCAGGAAACGUGAGAACAACGUUAACAAAUAUUCAUCAGCAAGACGGCCUUCCCCUUAUUACGAUCACCCCUCCCUCUCUGGGUGAUACAGCAUACCUAUGUAACCAACCCUCGAACGAACCCACCAAUCAGCCGCUCCGCAGUGCCAUACGGCGUCCAAUCCAAACUUUUCAACUGCCUGACGCGAGGCGGCUGGGUUUGAGAACCAGCGAGGAGGAGGCCCAGUCAGUCCGGUCCACAUUCAGUUUGUGUCUCAAUAUCAAGGAUGCAUCAUAUAAUGUGCCAAUAUGUACUGCAGGCAUGAAACACGGUCACCAUCAAUGGUUCAUUGUUAUUAUUCUCCUCUAGAGAGGCCAGGUCACCUCGCCCAUGUCCGCACUAAUGCGGAUAGAUUUGAAAACGCUUUUUAGUCCCACCACUUCCAUCCGCACUUAAACAGUGUUUUGAUGAAUCUGCCUGAUGGAUCCAUUUGAAGGUACCGGCAACACGUUGUAGUGUAGCUGGGGGGGAGUCCACUGUAGUAUGACUGUGACGUUGUCCAGACAUUGCUGGCCUGAUGAAGUGGUCUGGGCAUGCGCAUGAGAAGGCAUGAACUGAAACGGAUGGGGAAAUCCCUGUCUGAUUGGGGAUGGACAGUGUUGGGGAAAAACACUAGUGUGGAUGGAAAACCCUUUACUUAAGGUAGAGUUAUGGUUGGACGUCGACGCAACGCAAAGGGGGGUUUACGGACCCGUACGUCCUUACGGCCGUAUCCACCGCAAGGGCCGGACGUAAGCCUCCCAAAAAUUGAACCGAACCGAAGAACCAAAUUUUUGGGAGGCUUACGGCCGGACGUAAACCUCCCAAAAAUUGUAACCUUGCGUCGAGGCGAGGCAGAAGCAAGGGCUGUGAUUGGACCGCUAACGUAAACCUGACCCAACAACCGAAACAGGGUUCAUGACUGCGUCGAAGCGACAUUGCGUUGUGUCAACUCCCAACCCUCCCUCUACGUUGAGCCGGCGAUAGUGUGGACCUGGCCUAGGGUGGAUUUCCUUUGAGGUUUGGAGGUGUGGAGUACAGGGUUGGAGUGGUGCGACAAAUGGUGUGUAGUGGGAAUAGAGUGGAGGGUGCGUAGCCCUUGUUUAUUUUAGUGCGGUGCUGCUUGAGCUGAAACCUUGACGUGCUUUUUUAUUUUUUAUUUCCAAACAGAAAGUGUGAAGUCUGGAGUGAGUGCAGAUUUUACAACAGGGUCGGGAAUCUUGGCCCCCAAUCUGGGAUCGUGGCAUGCUGUUGUUAACAGCGUCCCGGUGGCUGCGAAGCCAUCUUGGAUCUGAGCAUGCUGUUGAUAUAGGAGAAGGUCAAACCCAUUCUGCUGCUUUGCCUUUUUUUCAAAAUAUCCCCCAAUUGUUUUUUAAUGUCGUUUUUUGUGCGUCACCAACCUAAUCGUACCUGUGCUUCUUAAGUUUGACAUUUUGCACUGAGACGUACCGGCCUUUGUUUGGGACCAGUGUGUAGUGAUGCUGUCUAGGCUUGAGCCCACUUCUUACACCGUCCUUCCUCAUUGACAUGCAAGGUAGUACAACUUAUGUCAUCAUUAUAUCCCAUAAUAAUGUCUAUUCAUUUAAUAAGCUUCAUUGGUUAUGACAAAGGCAUUAACUAUAUAUUUACUCUAUAUCUGUGAGGAUUGACAUGCCUGUAACAGUACUCGUUUCUGGUGUUGAAUACCUCGAGAUACUGACUUUUAUUAAUUUUUAACUUUCUGGUUAAGUUGCUUUGACUUGCGCGCUACUACCUACACCUAGUCUAACAAACUAGGCAGUCCCCAGAAUGCAGGUUAGGUUUAUUAUGCCAAAGUUCUUUCUCACAUCCUAGCUUUACUGUCUUGCUUGUUUGAUUGUUAUCCCUGCCGAGAAUGAGUUCUAUGAAUUUCGUUUGAAAAUGUUUGUUUUGCACAAUACUAGCAUGGGGGUGAAAUGGCACCCAGACCUGACCUGUUUUUAAGUUUAUUUCACUGUAAUUUCUGUGACAUUUUCUUACAGAAUAGGUAUGAUAUUUGCAAGCUUUGCGCGCGUGUGUGUGUGUGUUGUGAGUUGUAACUGUACAGGCAAUUGCCGUGCGUGUAUUUGAUUGGGUUAUGUAAUUGACACAACUCACCUUCAGUACCAGUUCAGCACACAGGAGGGCAGUAUUCCAUUGAUUAAACUGCAAAAGUGGUCGGGACCGAAAUUAAGAUUGUGAGCUUGAAAUGAUUCAAAAUUGGUGUUCUGAGCAGAUUUUAAUUUGAAAGAAUGUGUUUUGUUUAUUUUACGUUUGUUUAACGCCCUCAUGUCUGCACAUAAACAACACUGGGUUUCAUUUGAAUGUUUUGGCUCAAUUUCAGGGACCAAAUGUGAGUUAUCUUGGAUGACUCAUCUGUCGUCACAGAAACAAUAUCUAUGUAAAACUGUGUUCGACAGUUGCUGCAUAUAUGGUUCGUAGAUGUUGUGAAACUUGUAUUUCCCCCCUGUAUUCGAUGUUUGGUGUGAUUGUGCAUGUGAGUAAUACUAGCAUUAUGUUUGGUCUAAUUUAAUUUUUAUUCUUGAGUGUUUAAUCAAGAGACCAAGGACCUAAUUUAAAGCAGAGAUGGUUUAACUUCCACGUUUUAGAAAAUAAAAGUCCCUAGAGUAUUAGAGCCAUCAUUUGGGAUUGCUGAGGUAACAAACAAACAUGGCAGGACUUUUCCCUGAAUUUGGAGUUGUCCACCUUUGCCUUAAACUGAAUAAUGGAUACUUGGAAUAUUAUGUUAAAGUCAGACAUCAUUUUGUUAGAUGUCCGUUUACCACUAUUUCUGAGCUUAUUUGGAAUUCAUUUCUCUCCAAACAGAUUCCCAAGCAAUUGUUAAUAAAUUGUUAGCUGUAUCUUGUUAAAGCCCCCACCGUUUGACAGUAUGCUAACAAACUGUCUUGUAAAUACUCUGAGGUAUACUAAGAGGCAAUGUAGCCUAGCUGACAAACCACAGCAAAUUUAACCUUCAGACUAUGUGUUUGUGUUCGAAUUGGAAUUAUUUGAGUUGGGUUACCUGCUUUCAGACUCCUUGAUCAUGCCAUCGUGAAAAAUGGAUUGGAUAUUUACGUUUUGUACGCAGUACCGACACGGCGCACGAAUCAACGAAUACAAACCGUAACCAGGCUUUUUGAAUGGGCACCCGUCAGCAACGAGGAAGACUCCCGCCUCAAUAACCAAUCCCCCAUAGUCUUUUAACUAACACUGCCCCCUUCAGGACAUUGUUGUUGUUCCCCCUCAUUUGAUUGCAUGCGCAAUACAACUCUGAUAAUAUGUGAACGGAUGUCAGACAAUCCAACGAGAGACAGUGUUUGAUUAGAAAAAGAAGAAAAAUUCUCCAAAGUGGCACUUGUAGAUAAUGUAUAAUAUAUUCUUUUUUUAAUUUUGUACCAGCUGAACCGCUGAUGUUUAUAACUAUUGCCUAUUUAUGUACAAAUUGUUCUCUCUGUACAUACUCAACUGUGCGUUGAAAUUAAAAAUGUUUUGCAGUAACAAUUUCAAUUUUCUUA